AUGAGCGGCCCCGGUGACGACAGAUGGCGUGGAGGACCUAGUCGCCAGUCGUCACAACGCCAGAACCGCGGCGGACAAGGUGGCCAGCGUGGUGGCAAUGCUGCUUGGAGUGGCUCGGGGCCAGCGCAGGAGCAGCAUGUCCCCGUCCGUGGCUUUAAUGCUGCCGAGACCAAGAAUGCUCUGAAGAGAGGUGAGGAACGCUCGACAAGGAGGACUAGUGGGACUAGAGGGCUGACAAUGCUUUCUUUUGCCAUUGAUAUAGGUCCCGGAGAACCAAAAGCAACGUUUUACAAACCCACAGGGAAAGACUCGAACAACCAACGAUCUGGUGGACCCUGGGGCUCGAAAGCAAACACAAUGGCCAACGGCAAGGACUUCUUCGUCGAGCUCCGGAAACAGGUCGCAAUCUUGCAGCGAGGCGGAACUCCCGCAGGCGGUUGA